AUGUUGAAACUAACAAUUCUUUCAUUCUUACUUGUUGUUGCAACCAUGGCUUCAAUGUGCCACGCUGCUUCUCCAAUGUUUGUUUUCAAUCAAUUAUUCGAAAGUUCUGCUUUCAAUAAGAGAGCUCCAUCUGAUUCAAAUAUUUGUUGUUUGCCAAAUGUCUUUUCUUUGAAAGGAAGUUUCAAUCAAAUUGCUGUCUUGUCCAAUAACACUUUACAACAUUACGAUGGAAACUUUAAAGUUUCAGCAGAUUACAAUACUGGAAAGAUGAGACAAGAUAUCAGUUAUACAGUUGAUGGAGUUGUUUUCAAUUACACCAAUUGGGAUAUCAAGAUUAGUUCUACAGUAACUGUUUUGUAUGGUUUAAGAGAUGGUCAAUGUGUUUGUAGAAAGGUUUCAGAUUUCAAUCAAUGGAAUUCAAUUUGCAUUCCAGCAUCCAAUGGAAAGAUUACAAAAGGAAAGAUUGGUAAUUAUGAUGCAUUGAAAGUUGUUUCUUCUCAAAACGGAUCCACUGGAACCAUGUGGACAUUCAGAGAACCACAAAUGACCUCCAAUAAGUGUUGGUUAUUGAGCUCGUAUGUUGUAGUUUCGAAUGCUUCUCAAGAACAAGUUUUUUAUGACAUGAUUGAAAAGGUGGAUAAUGCUAAUUUUAUUCUUCCAUCUCAAUGUCCAUCCAUUAAUCAAUGUUUGUCUCAAUAA